CCGGGACCAAUCGGUCCAAUCGGUGCAUCCGGCUUACCGGGUCUUCCGGGACGAAAUGGACUCACAGAGAGGAAACGCAUAAAUGGAAUCAAUGUUAUGUUUAAUUCAGGACCGCAAGGUGAGCGAGGUUGGCCAGGACCAGCCGGAGAAACCGGUGAGCCAGGCUACCCAGGUCCGGAAGGACCACCAGGCGGUCAGGGACCUCCAGGAGAACCAGGCGUAUGUGUGUGUGAGAACGUUGACUCUAUUAUUCUGGUUAAUCCGUCAGCAUCUCAGCCACGGCUUCCCAGCGAAUGGCCAAUAGAUUCAGAGGAGAACUUUCAGCCAAGACGCGUCGGUGGCUAUGGGGCUAGGACUCGAGUUUAA